UUGUGAGAGUUGCGCGCGUGCAAACAGCCUCGACUCGCUAUGCUGGACACCUGCAACGCAACAAUAGCGCCCAAAGGCAGGGGUCCGACCCCUGCGUGCUGCGGGGCAACUACACCGUCUCGGUCCGGCUGCUACUUGCUCCUUCAUUAAACAGGCCGGCCAGUGAACUGGUAUAAACGGCGUCCUAACGCUCUCCCAUGGCGUCCCCAGCUCCCCCUUCCGACUGUGCCGGCUGUGAUCCCACGUCUCGCCGCUCAAGAUGCGUUCUUCCAUUGCCAGCACACUGCUAGCCCUCUCCAGUGCGUUCGUCGUCGCUGCCCAGGGAAGUUCAAAUUCACCGUCAUCUGUCGCUGCGUCUGCUCCCACGAACGCGCCGCAAGCUCAAGAUCAACCCAGUCCCAGGAGGACCCCGCCGGGAUCUAAAGCCGAUCCCAUCCCAAUCGACUUCGCACAGGGUGUUGCGAACUUUUCCCUUCCUGCUCUCUAUGCGCAGUCUGCCGACUGCGUAGAGACCGUCGUCGGCGCAUCUGUCAGCGGUGGGAACGAUGAUGCCGUCGUCACUUGGGUCGGCGGUGACGGAGGUCAGACCGCCCAGCGUGUCUAUGUUGCUUACUCUGGAUCCAGGGGCGGUAUUAUUGUCGCUCAUCAAGGUACGAACAAUACGGCGCCCGCAUCAGCCGCGCUCCCCGGGAACUUUAACCUGACAGCGCCGGACCCUCGCCUGGGUGUAAACAUCCCGGGAAGUGCCGUUUAUGGAGGGUUCCAGGUUGCGUGGGCAGCCAACGCGGACGAGACGCUGGCUCAAGUGAAGGAGCUGCUCGUCAAGCACGCUAACGCCAGCAUUCUGGUUACGGGUCACUCAAUGGGUGGGGCAAUCGCCACUAUCGAUGCUCUCUUCCUUUCGAACGCAUUGAAGAGGACCGUCAAAGCCAUUGCUUUCGCUCCUCCAAGGGUAGGAAACGCCCCUUUUGCCGACUUCAUCGAUAAAGUCGUGCCGGACUUCCGAUACAUUGUCAAUGGAGGAGAUCCGACGACCCAGAUCGUACCCGCGACCUACUACCGCCACCCGUCAGGCGAGGUCUGGAUCAACCCCGCCAACUCCACGACGGCGGUCUUUUGCCCGGGCCAGGAGAAUGUACACUGCCAAGCCUCUCUCCCGCAGCCAUCUUGGAACGAGGGCGACCAUCUGGGCGUACAUGGGUGGCAACACGUCGGAGGGUUGCUCCUGACUUUUGGGUUUUCAUGACUGCUGCUGCUGCUGCCGGCGUCCUGCUUGGUCUAUGUGAGGGCUGCUAGAUAGACUCGGCUUUAAGAGGAGUAGCUUCGCCAUUUACGCUCGAAUAGCAGAGCUCAUAUAUCCUAGGACCGUGAGAAGAA